UCAGAUCUGGACGUUCUCUUCAGCUCUUUAAAGAAACCAUCACCUUCUUUGUCAAGUCAAUGCUACUUCAACAAUAUUGCUCUUUGAGUCACAGACAACGCUGAGACCGAUGAAGGAGGCAGACCAAACCAAGGAGAACCCCCUGACGUGGGAUCUCGACCAGCCCUGGACUUCCAUCCUCAAACCCGCUGCACGUCUUUGCCUCAACACCUUGGAUUUCUCAGACCUCUGGGAUGAGGAAGACAGCACAGAGGACGAGGGAACCAGUCCAACUAAUGAACCAUCAACGUGCCUCCAAGCCCCCCCGGCACCCCCUCCUCUUCCUCCUCCUCCUCCUCCUCUUGCCCCACCUUUGUCCUCAGCGUCCGUUAAAGGUUCGACUAUCAAAUCUUGCACCUUGAAGCUCCACUGGAGGGAAAUGCAGACUUUGGCUCCCCUUCCAAGGAUGACCCGCUUUGGGACUCAGACCAUUUGGGCCGGCCUUGAACCAGUGGAUCUGGAUACAAACCGGCUGCAGUACCUGUUUGAGUCUAAGGGCAGUAGCACCCGCUUUAAUGUGGCCUCUGCACGGCAGAAGCAGCAGCCGUCAGUGUCGGUGUUGGGGAUGAAGCGAAGUAACAUCAUUAACAUUGCACUGAGCAGCCUCCCGCCCCCCCGCCUCCUCCCCCCUGCCAUCUACAGCAUGGACAGCAGCGUGCUGGACAGAGAGGACGUCCAGCGGCUUCAAGCGUUAAUCCCAACGGAGGAGGAGCUUUCUCUGAUCAAGGACGCCAAGAACCAGAACCCCCACUCUCCUCUGGCCGGGGCCGAGCUCUGCCUUCUCACUUUAGGGGAGAUCUCUCACCUGAGCUCCAGGCUUCAGCUGUGGGCCUUCGCUCUGGACUACGACUCCUUGGAGAGAGAAAUUGCUGAGCCUCUCUUCCAUCUGAAGCUGGCUAUGGAGCAGCUAGCGGCCAGCCAGACCUUCAGGUGUAUCCUGGCAACAGUGUUAGCAAUCGGGAAUUUUCUAAACGGAUGUAAGGCUCGUGGUUUUGAGCUGAGUUACUUGGGCAAGUUGUCCCAGGUGAGGGAUACACACUCCCGCCAGCCCCUGCUGCACCAUGUCUGUGUGCUGCUGCUGCAGCUCUACCCACAAUCCUCUGAUCUCUACUCCGACAUCAGCGCUGUUACCAAAGCUGGAAAGUGCGACUACUCUCUAGUCCAGUCCAACCUUUCUCAGCUGGAGGCCCUGUGCAAAGCAUCAUGGGAGCAGCUGAAGGUGAUGGACAAGGCAGAGGAAAAGAGGAAAGGAGGAAAAGGGGAGAAGAGGAGAGCAGGAGGAGGAAGAGGAGGAGACGAGAUCUCCGCUCAGGAAGGUUCACUCCGUCGCCAGCUGCCGAAGAUUUUGAAAGAGUGCGAGGAGAAGCUGAAGGUCCUCAGAGCUGUGCACCGUCGAGUUAUCAACAGGUUCCACUCUUUCCUCUUGUUCCUGGGCUACUCCCGAGCUAUGGUGAGAGACACCAAAGCCGAGGACUUCUGUAAAACUAUCAGUAACUUCUCCCUGGAGUACAGGUCCACACGGCAGGGCAUCCUGCUGCAGAGAGAGCGGGAGCGACCGAGGAGCGGAGCUGAAAACCAAAGCCCCAGAACUCCUGUAGGCCGGAGUAGAGGUCAACAAACUCCCCCACAGGAGAGUGAGAAAGGUGAGGAGCAGUGUUUGCUGGAGGAGGUGCUGCGAACACCCGAGUCCACGUUGAGGCUGGACGCCACGCUGCCUCGACACCGCAGGAGGAUGGCCGACAUCCAAGGUCCUUUCUCUCGGAAGUCGAAGUGGUGA